AUGCGAGUGCCCGUCUCCAGCCAGAUCUACCCUCUUCCUGUCUCGGUGGACGCGUCGUUGCUGCCACCUUUGACAGAUGCGCAGGGAGAUGCCAUGAAGAAGAUCAUGGGUUCGACCAAGAUCCCACAGGCACAGAAGAUGAAGUACCUGAGUGAAUGGCAGAAGGCCAAGCAGAGCGGCAAGAUGCCGACCUCUUCGGCCCAGGAACUCCGAGCCGACAUGUCCCUGAAGGACAUCCUCGCACUGAUGGAAGUGCGUGCUGAAAAAGCGCUGCAGGAUGGCUCGAUCAACCCCAAGUGGGGGAAAGCCAUCUCGGACCUGAAGGGGAGAAGGUUUUGGGUCAUCCCCUCUGACCAGACGCCCGACUGCGCCGCCAUGGUGGCCUCGGGUGAAACAUUGGAUGUCCGGUACAUGGCCAGACUGGAAGUCCCUCUGACAUCCUGA